AGUUCCUCUCUCACUCCCUCCCUCUCUCUCUUGCUCUCUCUUUGUCUCUCUCGAUCUUGCUCGCUCUAGGUCUAAUUCUGUGGUAUUGCAACUACAGACACACAGUUUUGGUGUGUGUACAUUCAUGAGCUGUUUUCGAGCAGGUUACAUGCAGAUAUAAAAUGGUCGUGGUCAUUGAAGCCCCAGAUAUAUUUGGUUCUGAAGAGAUUAAUGACAGCUAUGACUAUAAUUAUAGUGACACAGCUUGUUGUGGAGUGGUGUGUGAUCAAAAAACAAGUAUGCAUUUUGAAGCCAUCUUCAUCCCCAUUCUGUACUCUGUUGCGUUUGUGCUGGGCCUGAUGGGUAACGGCCUGGUGCUAUUUGUGCUGUGCCAGAAGAGGCGAACAUGGAGUGUGACAGACGUCUUUGUCCUACACCUGAGCGUAUCUGACAUUCUGUUACUCCUCACCCUUCCACUCUGGGCGGUGGAUGCAGCGGUUGGAUGGAGUUUUGGCACUGGUUUCUGCAAGCUCGCUGGAGCGCUGUUUAGGAUCAACUUCUACUGUGGUAUCUUCCUGCUGGCCUGCAUCAGUCUGGAUCGAUAUUUUUCCGUAGUGCACGCAGUGCAGAUGUACUCACGCACAAAACCACUAUUGGUGCAGUUGAGCUGCCUGGCUGUUUGGAUCUUCUGUUUUCUUCUCUCCAUCCCGGACUGGAUAUACCUGAAGGAUGAAAACGAUCCUAGACGAGGUGAGAAAACUGAGUGUGCUCACCAUUACCCAUCUACAACAUGGCGAGUGGCGUCACGCGUGCUGUACCAUGUGUUAGGAUUUUUGCUUCCCGCCAUUAUUCUAGUCUACUGUUACUCUCGUGUCUUGCUCCGACUGCAAUGCGGAUCUCAGGGUGUGCAGAAGCAGAGGGCUGUACGAGUCGUUCUCGCCUUAGUGGUGGCAUUUUUUAUCACCUGGACACCCUACAACAUCACCCUGCUGGUGGACACUGUCUACACACACAAAAGUACAAACAAUACAUGUGAGACUACAACAGCACUGGAUGUUGCCCUAAUUGCCACCUCUACCCUGGGGUACAUGCACUGCUGUGUAAACCCGGUGCUUUACGCAUUUGUUGGAGUGAAGUUUCGGCGCCACCUGCUGGACUUGAUAAAGCCUUUGAGAUACAGGCUGCACAGCCGCGUGGAGACAACGCAGUCUCGCAAGAGCUCUGUGUGGUCUGCAGACACAUCACAAACCUCAGCUUUCUGAUGGAGCAAUACACAUUCUCCUGAAACAAAUUUGGAGUCAUUUGGAUUGAAGACAACACAAAAUAUAGAGAAUAUUCUCAGUAAAGCAGGGUUCAAAAGUCUUAAAAAAAAAACUUUUAUCAUUCAAACAUAAAAAUAUUGUUGUCAAAUUAUUUUUUUCUCAAACAAGGUUACAUUGUUUUAUAUUAUGCAAUGGUUAACUAAAACUAACAAUAACCAACUACUGAGCCAUAUUAAUAGAAUUUAUGAAACAAUUAACAUUGUGUCUGAAGUGUAUGUGUUACCAUUUAAAUUAAGUACACAGAAAAAUAGAAGUAUAUUAUAGAAAUAUAUCAUGUGUGAACAGAUUGUUUAUGAUUUCUAAUACUAUCAAACAAUGAAGCUUUGCAAUAUCAGUUCUUCAGAAGAUAUAUAGUUUUCAGAUCACAGUAAAUUGACAGAAAGUACAUGGUAAAUCCAUAUAAAUAGCCAACCUGGCUCGCAGAUGGUCUAGAAAGUUGUGUACUGUUUAAUAUAGGUUAAAAAA